UGUGAAGAGGGAAGAAUGUGGACAGAUAAAUCACCACUCCACCGCAUAUGUCACUGCCAUUAAUACAUACAACCAUUCUCCAUUCUCCAUUCUCCAUACUCCAUUCUCUCUCCUCUGUCUUGUCUAUGCUUGACAACUCCUCGUUUCUGCGAAAAAGAAAAGAGAAAAAACACUUCAAUAUGUCGAAAACAAACCCAUAAGACCCAGCCAUGAUCCAACACCCCCUUCUCAUUCUCAACCCACCGCCGCAAUGUCUCUAUCGCCGCCCCAUUUCCACGACGAGCACGACGAAGCCAUCGGCUCCCUCCUCCUGGCAGAGAGGCACCACAUGCCGGAAAACGACUACCUCCGGCGGUGCCGCGAGCGCUCCGUGGACGUGAGCGGGCGGGUGGAGGCCGUGAACUGGAUCUUAAAGGUGCAGGCAUUCUACGAGUUCCGUCCCGUGACGGCGUUUCUCUCCGUCAACUAUUUGGACCGUUUCCUCUCGUGCUGUUCUCUUCCGAGUGAGAGUGGGUGGGCGUUUCAGCUUCUAUCCGUCGCAUGCCUCUCUCUCGCUGCCAAAAUGGAAGAGUCUCAUGUCCCCUUCUUACUGGACCUCCAAUUGUUCCACCCCACCUUCAUCUUCCACCCCAAAACAGUCCAAAGAAUGGAGCUUUGGGUCAUGACUCAUCUCAAAUGGAGACUCCGCUCCGUUACGCCCUUCGAUUACCUUCAUUAUUUCAUCUCCAACCUCCCCUCCUCAUCUUCUACCAUCGAUCACUUCUCCACUGCCUCCAACCUCAUUCUCAGCACCACCCGUGUGCAUCACUUCUUGGCCUUUGCGCCCUCCACCGUCGCUGCCGCCGCCGUCCUCUGCUCCGCCGGUUAUAACGCCCAACAAUUGCCGCUCUCUUUUCAUCACAGACUAAACCAAGAAAUGGUGAGAUGCUGUCACCAACUAAUGGAGGAGUACGUGCUGGACACGUGUCUCGCAUCCACUUCCACCAUCAAACCCACAAUAGCCGAACCCACGUCGCCGUCAAGCCCCGUCGGCGUCCUCGACGCCGCCACCUGUGCCAGCUGUGACACCCCUUCCGACAGAAAUUUCGCUGCCUCAACCCACCAACAAGCCGAGCCGCCAAAUAAACGGCCCCGACCCUCUACUCCCGAUGUACCCCAGCGCUAGAUAACGUAACACCGCAACUUCCAACCCGGUCCCGGGCCCCGCCAUUAUAUAUAUAUCAUAUAUCAUAUUCAUAUUCAUAUAUUAUAAAUUGUUGUUAUUAUUAUUGUUACAGAUACAUUAUAAUAUAUAUGUCUUCUUUUCUGGGGUAUCUUUUGUCAGUGAAAGAGGUUACUUACUUUGUGGUUUUUCAUAUUUAUAUCCUGAUAACUUUUAUCAAGUGUU